AUGCCCAGUCUAAUUAAGCACGAAUGCCAGGAAAUUUCAUCACAACCCGAAAAGCCCCCAUUAGAUACAUUAACGCAUACAAUAACCAUCUACAUCACAAUAUUUGCAUACUUUUCCAUAGGGGUUGUAUCUGUAUUAAUGCAGGAAGGAGCCUUUUACAAUGCGAUUGACACUAUUUAUGCAGUUAAAUCCAAUAAUUUAAAAUAUUUUGUAUUUUAUAUUAUGCAGUGUAUUUUUUAUUUUUAUGCUCUUCUAAUACUGCACAGAACUAAUAAUAAAUAUACAAACAGAAUUCCCCAACUUUUCAUAAACAAACACUCGUAUGUUUUAGGAUUUACUGGUUGGGGAUUUUCAUUACUGCUUAUUUUCAUUAUAAUCACAUAUCAGAUAAACACAUUAAAAUAUAGCAUAGUGGAAAUAUAUACGUAUUUUUCCAUGUGUAUGCUUAUUUCUAUAGGAAUGGCUCUAUUAUUUAAAAAAAUGUAUAUGAAGCAUUAUGUCAUUCAAGCACUGGCAGGGCCUUUUCUUAUGCUAUACCUAAGUCUUUUUAUGUGUAGUGCUUUACACAUUACUGCACAUAUUUUUAGCGCUUAUUUACAGUAUGUUUGGACUCUAGAAUAAAUAUUAAUAAGGA